AAAGAUACUGCGCAAGUUUUGAGAUCUCCUGUUUUGGUAAUGCUACAAAGUUAAAUGAUUGUCAACCAAAAAUGGGAUUCCACGAAUGAUGAAACUAACAAGUUGAAUUAUCUGUUUGAAAGUAGUUCUUUGUUGCCGUCAGAUCUGAUCAAUUAUCCUAACCAAAUCGGUGGUCAUGGGCUUCUAUUUGGAAAUAAAUGUAAAAUAUUAUAUUCACAUGUUCAGUCAACUAUUUAUAAACCAAUACAACAUUAUCCUAAAGGUCCACAUGAAUUAGAAUUUUAUCAACGUUUAUUCGAUCCAAAUUGUAAUGAUUCCGUUUUAGUUGAGUUACGAAAAUUUGUGCCUGAUUUUUACGGCCUCUAUCGAGAUUCUGAACAAAAACAUUUGUACUUGGGUUUAAAAGAUUUAUUGGCUAAUUUUAAACAUCCAUCAUUAUGCGAUUUAAAAAUGGGUCGUCGUACAUAUGCUCCUGAUUCUUCACCAUCAAAAAUAAUGAUUGAAUGUGCAAAAUAUAAAUGGCGUGAAGAAAUCGGAUUUCUAGUAACUGGAUUAAAAGUAUUCUAUCCAGAUAUUAAUGAAUAUACUACAUUUGAUAUUUUCUUUGGAAGAUCAUUAAAUCCAUCUACAAUAUAUGAUAAUGGUAUUCGUCUAUUUCUUGGUCCAGAUGUAAAUCGUGCAAAAAGAUUAGCUAAUCAAUUUGUUAAAAAAUUAACACAAUUAGCUAAAUGGUUUGAAAAUCAAAAUUGUUAUCAUUUCUAUGCAAGUUCUUUAUUAUUAGCUUAUGAUAGCGUUGAUGUCAAUGAUGAGAUCAUGUCAUCUCCGAAUACAACCACCACCACCCAGUUACCAUAUUCAUAUUAUAAUCACGAUCAUGAUCAUCAUCAUCAUAGUUGUCAAGACAACAAUAAAGAAUCAAUUAUAUCCAAUAUAGAUAAUAAUGAAAUAGAUGAAUAUGUUUUAGUAUAUUUAAUUGAUUUUACACGUUGGGAAUUAGUAACAGAUUGUAGUCAAAUAAAAGAUGAAAAUUUUCUAUAUGGUUUAAAUUAUUUAAUUGAAUUAUUUCAACGUGCAUCAUUGGACUCAUCACCAUUGACUUAAAGUACCAUAUAUAUAUAUAUAUAUAUAUAUAUAUAUAUAUAUAUAUAUAUAUAUAUAUACCAAUGAAUUAACAACAUUCGCCAAUGAGUAGUAUCCGUAAUAAAACAAAGAUGUACAGCGUUCACAGUUUUUCUAUGUACAUUUUGAUCGAAAUCUUUUGGCUGCUCACUUUCCCCUACCCCCCCUCGCCCACUUUUUUUUAAAACUGCCAAAAAUGUUAGUCUUUCAUUGAAAUUUAUUAUUGUCACUAAGUGGGUUUGUUCCCCCCUUUUUUUUCUAUUUAUAUAUGAACAAAUUCUUCUGGAAUCCAAAUCAUAUUUGUUUUUAUUUUAUAUGGUUUGUAUGAUGUUUUGUAUUAUUCAGUGAUUAUUAUUACCAUAUUAAUAGGAUGAGUAUUAUCCAUCUCAAGGUAUAUUUUAAUUGCUUAUCUUAUUUUGUUACAAUUUUCUGUUAGAAAUAAAGAUUAUUGUUUAUUUUGUUGACAGGGAGAACAAAAUCUGAUAUAUACAUAUGUAUAUGUUCUCUCACUGUACUAUCCACGUUGUAUGUUAUUAAUGUGACUUGGAUUUGAUAUAGUUAUUAUUAUUAUU